CUAUCUCCUUCCUCAUAACAACAAGAACAAAAAAAUCUCAAAUCGAAAUCGGAAUCGGAAUCUAUAAAAAAACAAAUCGAUAUGUCUUGCUCCGUCGCCGUAUGUAAUUCACCGGUGUUCUCACCGUCAUCGUCUCUAUUCUGCAACUCUUUCUCAUCGCCCCAGGAAUCAUCUCUCUCUCUAACUCUUUCUCAUCUCAAACCACAAACCUCUUCUCCUUCAUCUCCUUCAGCGAACGGUGCCGUUUCUUCUCCCAAAUCUCCGUUUCGUCUCCGGUUUCAGAAACCUCCCACCGGGUUGUUCGCUCCUGCUACGUUGUCGUUUGGAUCUGACUCUGUUUCCGCGAGCCAGUCGUCGUCUCCUCCUGGUGGGGUUUUGAAGAGGAAAAGGCCUACGAGGCUUGAUAUCCCGAUUGGUGUUGCUGGAUUCGUAGCUCCGGUUUCUUCUUCGAAGGCGGUGGCGGUUGCGACGCCGAGGGAGGAGUGUAGAGAGGUUGAGAGGGAUGGUGAUGGUUACUCUGUUUAUUGUAAGAGAGGUCGAAGAGCUGCUAUGGAGGAUCGUUUCUCUGCUAUCACUAAUCUUCAUGGAGAUCGCAAACAGGCGAUAUUUGGAGUCUAUGAUGGUCAUGGAGGAGUUAAAGCGGCUGAGUUUGCAGCUAAGAACUUAGAUAAGAACGUUGUAGAAGAAGUAGGUGGUAAGAGAGACGAAUCUGAGAUAGCUGAUGCGGUGAAACGUGGUUACCUUAUGACUGACGCUGCGUUUCUUAAGGAGAUAGAUGUAAAGGGUGGUUCUUGCUGUGUCACGGCUCUGGUUAGCGAAGGGAACCUUGUGGUGGCUAAUGCUGGUGACUGUCGUGCUGUUAUGAGUGUGGGAGGUGUGGCUAAAGCGCUUACUUCUGAUCAUCGUCCGUCUAGAGAUGAUGAAAGGAAGAGGAUUGAAACUACGGGUGGAUAUGUUGAUACGUUUCACGGUGUUUGGAGGAUCCAGGGGUCGUUAGCUGUGUCGAGAGGAAUCGGAGAUGCUCAGCUUAAGAAAUGGGUUAUAGCUGAACCAGAGACGAAGAUUUCGAGAAUCGAGCAGGACCAUGAGUUCUUGAUCUUGGCAUCGGAUGGUUUAUGGGACAAAGUGAGUAACCAAGAAGCAGUAGACAUUGCUCGUCCCUUGUGCUUAGGAACUGAGGAGCCAUUGUUGUUAGCAGCCUGUAAGAAGCUUGUCGAUCUCUCUGCUUCACGAGGCUCGUCUGAUGAUAUCAGUGUGAUGUUGAUCCCUUUGCACCAGUUCAUGUAGAAAAAGAGAAGAGAAGCAUCUUAGAAGAUUUUAGAUAUGUGACGUUUAGAUAUUGGAAGGCUUUCUAUGAUUUAGUUCUUUUAACUUGA